GAAUUGAGCUUCAUCCUCAAAAUCCUUGCUAAAUCUUUGCAACAUGAUUUUGAUUUGACCACGAAAAAUCAGUUACAAGAUAAUCUGGUGCAAUUACACACGAUCGCUUAAUAAAUUAGGCCAGAUUUUUCUCAUUUUCAUUUUCUCAAAUCAGCACAUAAAUAUUUCCCAGAUCCAAUCAUGAAUCUGUGUAUUGCAUCAUCACCGUGCCAUCUCUCAUUAAUGUCGAUUUUAAUGCCCCAACACUACAGCAUCCUCGAUUACAAGUGCUUCCAACGUUAUGAAAACCACAAAUUUAAGGCAUUAAUAAAACUCAGAAUCAGUUUCAUUCCCCAAACCCAAACCCAAACGGAAUUUCUCAUUCCUUGAUGCAUCAAUAAAUUUCAAUUUUUUCCUCUUCUUCUUGUUGUCAUUUUGUGGUUGUUUAUGUACAAUCAUUCCUCAAUUGCACCUCAAUUUAAGUAGUAGGAGUAUAAAUUUUAAUUUAUAUCAUUUUAGGUUUUUAUCCCUCAUGACAUGUUUUGCAGCACUUUCCAAGGCUUCCCAUAUGGUGAGGAACUAGGCAUGUUCUUGGUUGUUGUGAUUGUUCAAUUAUUGCUGUAAAGAUUCAAUUUUUACUGGUUUUCUUCAAUGCCCAUACCCUCAAAAGUUAGGAUUUCCUCUUUAUUCUUGUUUAGUAAAUCAUUCUUGGAGUUGUUAAGUAUUCUUGAUUUAUUGGUGAUGUGAGAGGUUGAAAUGCUGCAUCUUUUCACCUAGUAUUCCUUAAAUACUCCUCUGUGGUUGCUCUGUUCAUGUCUGAAUUGGGAGCAAGAAUCUUGAAAUUAAAAAAAAAACACUUUUGUUAGUAUAGUUAGGAAUUUCAAGAGGGAGAUGCAAGCUAGGGUGGGAAGCUUUAGUUCAUUAGAGGAAGGCCAAAUUCCUCUAAGGAUGAUGCACCAAUAUAGCAUACAUCUGCUACCUCUUAGGCUGCUGCUUCUCUUCCUCUUGGUAGGGGUCGGUCUAGUGUUUCUCUACAUCAGUAUGUAUUCAUACCGGUACAUUAACAUCCACAACGUUGCCUCCUCGACUGCUGCCAUGAGGAUCCAGACUCCCCACGACGGCUGUGUCCAAGAAUCCGAUGGCUUGGAGAGCUGGAUUAGGCCCCCAUCGAGCCUGUUGCACGAGAUGAAUGACACGGAGCUCUUUUGGCGCGCCUCUGUGGUGCCUGUGAUCGACAAGUACCCUUUCGAGAGGACUCCCAAGAUUGCAUUCAUGUUCUUGACAAGGGGGCCUCUGCCCCUUGCACCUCUGUGGGAGAGGUUCUUCAACGGGAACGAGAGGCUUUACUCGAUCUACAUUCACUCCUCGCCUGGCUAUGCCCCCGAAUUCAUGCCUUCUUCACCAUUCUAUGGCAGGCAGAUUCCUAGCCAGGUUGCUGAGUGGGGGAGGAUGAACAUGUGCGACGCAGAGAGGCGCCUCCUAGCCAACGCGCUGCUAUACUUAUCCAACGAGUGGUUCGUGCUCGUCUCUGAGGCGUGCAUCCCUCUCCACAACUUCACCAACAUCUACACCUACAUAUCCCAAUCCCAAUUCAGCUUCCUUGGCGCCUUUGAUGAGGACGGCCCCUAUGGCCGGGGGCGCUACAACGAGGGCAUGGCCCCUGAGGUGAACCUCUCCGACUGGCGCAAGGGGUCCCAGUGGUUUGAGCUCAGCAGGAAGCUGGCGGUCGACGUGGUGCAGGACACCCUGUACCACUCCAAGUUUGAGCAGUUCUGUAGGCCCCACAUGUGCUACGGGGACGAGCACUACCUGCCCACGAUGAUGACCCUGCGGUCGCCCCAUCUCCUGGCCAACCGGACCCUCACGUGGGUCGACUGGUCGAGGGGCGGGCCCCACCCGGCCUCGUACGACGAGGGGGAGCUGACGGAGAAGUUCUUCAAGGAGGCUGUUGAGGGAUCAUGCUUGUACAAUGGCCAGGCAACCAAUGUGUGUUUCCUAUUUGCAAGGAAGUUUGCUCCAACUGCUGUGGAUCAUUUGUUGGCUAAUUCUUUCAAGUUUUUGGGAUUUUGAUGGACUUGAAAUGAUAUUUUUGGAUGUGUUCUUGAUGAAAUUGAGGAGAAAUAUGGCAUCAUGUUGGUUGUGUAAUGAGAGCUGAGCUUUGUUCUUCAAUUUAAAUAAAGGGUAAUAGUGUGUUUAUGUGCCUAAGAUAACGAACUAAUCAUGUAGAUGGUUUGAUCUUUAAUUCAGCAUAAAAAAUAUUGUGCAA